CUCCCGACCCUGCCUCCACCGCGCCGGCGCCAUGGCCGCCCAGGGGAUCUGGAGGCCGGCGAGAGUAGUGCUUGGGAGGCCACCGCCUGGGGUCGAAGGCUUCCGACAGCAGCUCAGCCUAACCCUCCGUUCAGCUUCCGAGGGAGCCUGCGGCGGCUCCGCGCCCAGCUCGUUGGGAACGCCUGAAGGAGAACCGAGGCAUCCAGCGAGCCGAGAGUUAACAGCGGCGGAGAAACACAUCGCCGAGCUGCACCGGGCCGCCUGCGCGGCUGGCCAGCUAAGCUAUGUGGACCCAGCUACCGGCUAUGUGGUUCUCACAAGGCUGGCCCACUUGCAGAGAGGCGCCUGCUGUGGCUCUGCCUGCAGACACUGUCCAUAUGGCCAAGUCAAUGUGAAAGAUCCAUCCAAGAAGAAGCAAUUCAACUCCUAUUUUUAUGCUUGACGGUAGCUUCAUCUCUUUUCUGUCAAAUUAAGCGUGCGUGUGUUUUUGAAAAUAAAGCCCUAAUCUAGAAUUA